AUGGCUUGCUUCUUGUUUGCUCUCCUAUGGCUGGAAUUUCUCAGUUUGUCGUCUGCUCUUCUGGAACCGAUUCCUUUUCCAACCGAAUUACAAGAAUGCUACAAGUACCGCUCCGAUAACGUGACGUCAUCAGCCGAGUCUGCAAUCUACAUUCAGAACACAUGUUACAGGAGCUUCUUAACCGACCAGAUGACCGAUGGAAAAGUUUGGUCUGGAGAAAAUCUCACACAGGAAGGUAUUAACUACAUAGAUAGCUUAUUCCGACGAAUUCUGGCGGAAGCUGAUGAAGUUGAAAAGUACAAGAAACUAGGAGGACGUCAGAAAAGACAAGCGUCUACUACUCGAACACGACGUGAAGUGCGCAGUCCUGGCGCUUAUCAGCCAUACGUUAACUGUGUUCAACGGCUUCAAACCGAGAGAGUGGAACCAGCCAGUGCAGGACGGAACACUUACCAAACCCUGGCCGUCUUUCACUCAGGAAGCACCCUGGGGAGAGCACACAAUGGACCAGCCUUCCUCCCGUGGCACAGGAUUUAUCUUUUACUUAUGGAGACUCAAUGUGGAGCUGCAAUACCAUACUGGGAGUCGGGGUUAGAUCACGACAUGGUGGACCCUACAACAUCCGUCCUCUGGAGCGAUCGGUAUUUUGGAAAUGGCGACGGUGAGGUCAUGAAUGGACCAUUCCGAGACAUGAGAACUAUUCUAGGAACACCUCUCAUUAGAAACUACGGAACUGGUAAUAGUGCUUUAUUCACAAAAGCUGGUGUGCGGGCUGUUCUUAGCCGAAGACGAUUCCAAGAUAUCUCCGAACCACUACCCCGUGGUAAUAUCUACAGUCUGGAACGGCAUCAUAAUGGUCCUCACGUUUGGGUUGGAGGACAUCUUUCAGCUCUUAACUCUGCAACCUGGGAUCCGGUCUUUUUCAUGCAUCAUGCAUACGUCGAUGCUGUUUGGGCCCGAUUUCGGCAACUGCAAAUCCAGAGUGGUAUUAACCCUGAAACAAAUUACCCAUCAACUUCACAACGUGGACAUCGUCGUAAUGACGUGAUCAGCUUCGGGACUUUGUUUGAAAGAGUUACAAAUAUUCAAGCCAUGGCUAAUCGUUUUGCAAACCUUGUGACAUACGAGGCGUUUCCUGUUUGUGAAAAUAACUGUAACAAUAGUCCAGAUCUGUAUUGCGAUCAGAAUAGGCGUGUUUGUAUAUCGCGUGCUCGGGCAAAUUCACCGGCUACUGCCAGUGGUUUUGUUGCCAUGGGUGCCGCUCGUGGAGUAAGUCUGGACAUGCAUUCACAAGCGCUUGACAGGGCCAUGGCAAGAGGACCUCUUCCGGUCGGGGAAAAGUUUAGCGACUCUCCGUUCCAUGACAUUCGUAACCGCCCUGACAACUUGGGAACGGCUCGUGUUGCCACUCAAAUCAGGAGAGCGCAUUCUCGGGUCCGAAGACAUUCACGACGCCGACGAAUGCAACGUCGACGCGUGCGACGCGUGCGACGCGUGCGACGCGCUGCUCCCCGAAAUGCAACACUUCAAGACAACCAUCUUCAGUCUGUAUCUGCUCUUGAACGGUCUUUUACAAAUACGUUUAUAAUUGACGGAGUUGUGGAUGUAAAACGUUGGGUUUAUAUUCCUGUACAUGUCAUUUAUAGCAGAUCUCAAAACGUCCAAGAAAUCGAUCCGACAUUGUUUGGAACAGUUGACCAAAUCGAAGACACAUGUCAGACUGCUCACUCGGGUGCUUCCAAAGUGUUUGUCACUUCCAAUGGUCUGAACUAUUACGGGAUGUAUACGGAAUAUGCUAUCAUAGACAACAGACAACCAGUAUACACUACCACGAUGACGGUAGGAGUCAAGAAUCCGGAAUACGGCACAGGAGAGACGUUGUUUACAGCCUACGAUUCGUGUGGUAGACCUUGCCGACCUCUUUGUCUGACUUUCGUUACCGGUCAGAGGAACAACAAGGGUUGCUCCGGAGCCUUUAGAGUCUCCACGUCUUCCCCUCAGAUGUACUCCAUUACCUAUAGUGAUGCGUUGAACUCUACCCUGGUGACAUAUAGUCAGAUAGAUACCCAUGCGGACUUUUCGGCCCCCGCUCUAGCAUUUCUGUGUGACAACAGUAAUACCUGGCCUUGGGAUUACUGAUAAUUCCAUGUUGAAACCAGAGUAAAGCAUCUUUAGUCUUCAUUAAACAGACAUAACAUCUUUUUAACACGACCAAUUGUUCUUAAUUACGUGCAAGGACAUUUGAAGUACAUACUUUCAAUGAAAUUUGCUUUGCUAAAAACAAUGUUA